AUGGCCUCCAUAUCGUCCCGCCGGCUUCAGAAGGAGCUCACGGAAAUCCACAUGGAGGGCUGUCCAGUUGGCAUCACCCUUGUCAAGGCAGACGACUUUGAGACGUGGUGGUUCACCAUCGAGGUCAUGGGGGAGUCCGUCUAUAGGUCCGAGGUGUACACUUUGCAGUUCCGCUUCGAGCCGAACUACCCCAUCUCCGCACCCGCAGUCACCUUUGUUGUGACCGACGGGCGCAAGGCGCCGCUGCAUCCUCACGUCUACUCCAACGGCCACAUCUGUGCUUCGAUCCUUGGCAAUGAGUGGUCCCCGGUUUUGAGCGUUGUCUCGGUGUGCAUUACGCUCCAGAGCAUGCUGGCCUCCUGCAAGAAGAAGGAACCCCCGGUCGACAAUGACCGGUAUGUUCGGACCGCGCCCGACAACCCGAAGAAGACGCGGUUCGUAUACCACGAUGACACGGUUUAA